AUGACGACACUUGGGGUACAUGAGGAGGAUCAAAUGGAGAUGGACUCCACAGAGAUGUGGUACAUCAUGACUAGAAAGCAGCAGCUCUACGGUCGGCGCACCCUCCUCCUGGGGCUGCAGGAGUUCCUGAAAAGAAACAACUUUUGUGAAGGAAGUUUCAACAAGAACGAGGACCAAGGACUGUGUGAGCUGGAGCAAAUAGAAAAAGAGCUGCAUAGCCUAUCCGAGAGAGAGAGGGAGCUGAAGAAUGGAAUGAGUUUACAGGAAAAAGAAUCCACCGUCACAAAAAUUACAGAGGAGUCAUCUGCCACUGUCCAGAGCCCAUCUGAGGAAGAGCUGAGCUCCACUACACCUGCUCCAGAGGUGGUAGAGGUGAAGGACCUGUCCUUUUCUCCAGCCUUGGUGCAGUGUCCCACCUGCCAGCAGCAAGUUACCACCGAGAUUCAGCACAAAAUCGGCAAAACUUCCUUUCUCCUCUGCUAUCUCUCCGCAUUGCUGGGCUGUGUAGGUGGAUGCUGUCUGUUGCCCUUCUUUCUGAACUACUUUAAAGACACCUGCCACUUUUGUCCCUCCUGUCAAACUGAAAUCCAGAUCGUCCCCCGGAUCUAAAGAUUCCACUGGAAUUCCAGCUG